AUGGAAAACGAGGGAAUUGUCCCUCUGAAUAAUAAGUCAGUCGACCCGAUCAACAUGUCCAAUCAUUCUAUUGAUCUCUACUAUUUUAUCAUGAGCCCUCCUUCAAGGGCGGUUCUGAUUACAAUGAAAGCGCUGGGUAUUAACCCUAACAUUAUAGUAACUAAUCCCAUGGCUGGGGAUACAAUGAAGCCGGACUAUUUGAAGUUGAAUCCUCUACACACUAUUCCUACGAUAAACGAUGAAGGAUUCGUGCUGUAUGAUAGCGGAGCCAUAAUGAAAUAUUUAGUAGAUCAAUACGGAAAAGACGACAGCUUGUACCCCAAGGAUCCCAAGAAGGGCGCCAGGGUGGCCCAACGGCUGUUUUUCGUAUCGGGAACGCUUUUCCCCGGAUUUUUCAAAACACACAUUCCUGUGGUUAUGGGAAGAACCGCGGAGGAAGCUGACAAAGAAAAGCUCAGAGAAGCUUUAACUUACAUGGAUAAACUUUUGGAGGAUUCCAAAUGGAUGGCCGGCAAUAGCAUGACUGUUGCCGAUUUUGCUGUGAUCACCCUAUUAUCUACAAUAGAGUCAUCGGGAUUGUUUGACGUGUCUUUUUAUCCCAAUCUGUGGCAAUGGUUUCAACAAUGCAAAAACGCAAUGUCCAGCUUCGGAUACGAGGAAAUCGUGCAAGCUGGUGCAGAUGCAUUCGGUGGUAUGGUUAAAAAAUCUGCCGAAUAA